AUGGACUUUCGCAAACUUGCAAAAGCCAUGCCAGCUUCAAAUAAUACCGCCAACAGCACACCAACCCUCAUGGACCUACCAUCCAACUUGCUCGAAGCGCYCAUUCCAGGAUACUCCCUAAUAUCCAAAGCAAUAUCCUCAUCAUUUGGAUUCGACAUUUCCGUCAUCGUUUCCAUCUGCCUCAUCUUAUUCGCAGCGAUCAAAGGAGGACGAUACCUAUUCGAUCAAGCCGAGAAUAUAUUUCGACAAGCCUUCAUGUCAUCGGUACAUAUUGAUGAACACGACGACUUGUUUGAAAUGGUCAUGGGAUGGCUGGCGGAACAUCAAGGACCGACAUCAAGACGUUCCGUACGAGCGAAGACGCAGCGUGGCUCUCUUGAAACGGACGUUGGAGCUCCUUUGGAUGCGUUGAAUGAGAAUGGACUUUUUGAUUAUACUAGGUGGGCUGCGAGAACUCCUCCACGAUUCGAACCGUAUUAUGGCCGAAAUAUGCUGUGGCAUAAUGGUCGGCUCUUCUUCUUCCGUCGCUCUCCCAAGCCCACGACGCAGCGGAUGCAGGUGACUUUCAACAGUAGUGGGGAUGAUGAUAUUCUCCAGCUCGACUGUAUAGGUCGAAGUACGGAGCCGAUUAGAGAGAUGCUGCGGCAAAUUAAAAUCUGGUCGUUGAACAGGCAGCGCAACACCACGACCAUCAGACAUCCGACACCAAAAGACAGAGCACGCUACGGCGGUGCUUGGAGCAAGACAUUCUCGAGGCCAUCCCGGCCAAUGGAUACUGUUAUUUUGGAUGUUGAGCAGAAAAGUAUGAUCAUUAGAGAUAUGAACGAUUUCUUGCAUCCAGCUUCACCGCGAUGGUACGCGACCAGAGGUAUACCAUAUCGACGGGGUUAUCUAUUUCACGGCCCUCCAGGUACCGGCAAGACCAGCUUAUCGUUUGCCUUGGCGGGCAUCUUUGGACUUGACAUCUACGCCAUCAGUCUGCAAGAGCCAACGCUUACGGAGGGUGAUCUUAUGCAACUCUUCAACGGUUUACCAGCUAGAUGCAUUGUGUUGCUGGAAGAUGUCGAUGCUGCUGGGUUGCUCAGAGACACACAGAGUGAUGAGAAGGGUGGCAAACGAGGAAAAAGCGACGCGAAGAAAUCUACCGACAAGGAAAACGAGGAAAAGAAAUCGAAAGAGGGAGCAAAGGAGACGGAAAAAGACACCAACAUCACCCUCCAAGAUGUCGUUCGUGAACUUCGGAAGCCUGUCGGUAAAGGCACGACUCAAGCAGGUCAUCCUAACCGAGCACCUGGAACUGGAAUAUCGCUCUCAGGUCUACUCAACGCAAUCGAUGGAGUUGCAACACAUGAGGGCAGAGUCCUCAUCAUGACCACCAACCACYCCGAGAAGCUCGAUGCGGCCUUGGUUCGUCCUGGUAGGGUGGACCGCAGAGUCGCCUUUACUCUAGCCAAGAAAGAACAAAUCCGUGAACUUUUCGUCAGAAUGUAUGCGGCGGGUGAACCGACCAGUGAUAUUGAGCCACAUCUCAGUGAGAUCCUGUCGAAUGAGCCGAGCAAUGGUACGAUACUACCAUCACCAAGAAAAGCAGCGGAGAAGAAGAAGUCUCUGAGUGGACCUUCGAGGCUUGAAUUGGAGGAGCUGGCUGUUGAAUUCGCGGGGCAUAUUCAAGAUGAUGUUUUUACUCCUGCAGAGAUUCAGAAUCUGUUGAUGAUGUAUAAGAAGGAACCUCGUGUUGCGAUUGAUCGGGCGGAAAGUUGGGCAAAAGCUUUGAUUGAAGAUAAGCGACAGCAAGCGACAGACAAGGCACAAGCAGAGGAAGAUGAUGAGGAGUAG